AUGAAACAGAGUCAAAAAGACCCAGACUACUGGGUGAGUCUGAAAAAGUCGUGGACUCUGCCAUUGAUCCCAGAAAGAUAUCUGAUGAUAUCAUCGGAGACAGACGAGUCCGUUUGCCUGGAGGAGUCGAAUCAGCAAGAUCUCAGAGCAAAGUUUCGAGCUCAACAACAGCAGAAGACGUCAAAGGGCGAUAACUUCGUAGAAUGUGGCUCUGUACACCUUGGUAUAAGGGGCCCAGAUAUUAGUACAGAAAUGGGAAAAAGUGAAUUGAACUCUGCCCUAUCGGUCUCUGCUGCACUUGAUGGGUCUCUUAUUACUAGUGAUGCCACUGGUUAUCUACAGCGCCCCUCUUUCGUUGGACAAGAGUUAUCUCAGCAACAACAAAGUAUUAUUUCUACAGAUGACGUUUCUUUGGGUUCCACGAUCAACGUUCGUCCCAUCGAACCUGGUGUGGAGUUCAUGCCCCCAGGGCUCCGUUCCUCAUCUUUUCUUGCACUUGACAAGGCUUCUGUUCGUCUGAUAAUCCAACGCGAACGAAAGUGGCGCACACGCGUCACAGUCCUCCAAAGUCAAGGAAAGUUGUUCUAUGAAAACAUUGUUCAGGGUAUCCUGCGUAACGCCACGAUGAAAGAAAAUGCUUACCCUCCAGGGUACAAUCGCGGGAUGAACAUUCCUAAUGCUAUGCGUACGGGAGCUGGAGCUGGAAAUAUACCUUAUCCCCCCAUACCCUUGGUUGCCGGUUCAUUUUACCCUGCAUCCAAAAACCCUGGCCAAGUUGGAACUGCACCUAUCUCGAACCACGUUUCAGGUGGCCAUUAUCCUAUAAAUAGAAUACACGCUAGUAAUUUCAACCAAUAUGGACAUGCAUACCCUCCUGGCUCUUCAAUGGCCUUGAGUACAGGGCGUGAGCAUGGUGGUAUGUCUGCUGCACCAGCUGGGCCCGGUCAGUUGCACUAUUCUCGAUAUGAUCAGGAACGUUUUGAUGCUGGUAGAGAAGAUGAUACUGUAGGCUUCGGUAUCGAUACGAUGGCGACUUAUCAUGGUAGAGCUUUAACCUCUAUGAUAAGUGGAGCUGUUGCUGCCGGUUCUGUUGAUCCCAAUUCA